AGUGUGAAGAGGGCUAUCUUCAGGAUGGGCUUCGGAGAGGAGCUGUGGUGCCCGCAGGCCCACGCCUCCCUCAUGCGUCUGCAGGACUCGGAGCUGCGGCUCAUGGAGCUAAUCAAGAAGUGGAUGACCCAGAGGACCAAGAGCGACCGCGAGUUCUCUACCCAGCUGCACCAGAUGGCCGUCAUGGUGGAGAAACUGGAGGGCACCCAGCCUGGUGGCGGCCUGGACUACAUCAGCCAGCUAAAUAAGUCGUGGAACGUGCUAGUGAGCCAGACCGAGAAUCUGAGCCGCAUCAUGAAGAAGCGCUCAGAGGAUCUGUCAGUCGGACCACUCAGCAAGCUCACCCUGCUGAUCCGGGACAAGCAGCAGCUACGCAAGACCUACAGUGACCAGUGGACGCAGCUGAACCAGGACCUGUGCAAGGUGACUCAGACCGAGCCAGAGAAGUUAAGGGGCAGCUAUAAGCAAUUGGUCAGGGAAGCUGCUCAGGCCAAGAAAAGGUACCUGGAGGCCAGUAGAGAUCGUGAGCGUGACCGGGCGAGGGAGCGCUAUGUGAAGGCCACGCUGAAGCUGCACGAGCUGCAUAACGAGUACGUGUUGGCCGUCAAGGCCGCGCAGGUCCACCACCAGCAACACUACAACCUGAGCCAGCCGGGCCUCCUCGGGGCCCUGCAGAGACUGCAGGAGGAGAUGGUGCUCGUGCUUAAGGAGAUUCUGCAGGAAUACUUUGACCUGACCACUCUGCUCCAUGAGGAAGUGGUGUCAGUUCACAGGGAGAUGACCAACGCCCUGAACGCCAUCAACCCCCAGAGGGAGUACGACAGUUUCAUCCAGCAGAACAGGUCAGUAGCAGAGGUGCCAGUGUGGCUGGAGUUUGACUGCAGUGUUCUGGAGGAAGCAGAGAAACUUCAGGCUGAGGAGCUGGUGCUCAAUGACCUCACUGUAGAGGGUCUCCAGCACCGGCUGACUACGGUGGAGGACGAGCUGCUGAGUCUGUCGGCCACGCUGGGGAACCAGCAGGCUACUGUGACCCAGCUGGAGCUGGACCUGCAGUCGGAGGAGGAGGGCCUGGUACCCAGUGGGCACAGGAUAUAUCAGUUCAGUAAGCGUAAUGCUCUGGAGGACGGCCGACAGCUGGUGAUGGUCUCCAUGGUGACGCGGGCGCGGCUAGAGGCUCAGAGGCUGCUGCUCUCCGAGAAGCUGCAGAAGUUGGGCUCCCGGGAGCCGCCGCACUUCGACCUGGACGAUGACCGUCGCUCCAUCACCUCCUCCACCUCCAUCGGUGGGGAAAGGGAGUUCAAGCUGCCCAACAUAGAAUCUGUCAUGUCCCAUCUCAGUGCCCUCUUCAAGCCCAAGUACACGGUCCCCCCAGCGAUGUCCCCAGUGGCUGAGGUAGAGAAGCCGCUGCCUCAGCAGGGCUGGUACCAUGGAGCCAUCCCCCGCCUGGAGGUCCAGGAGCUGCUCAAGAAGGACGGAGACUUCCUGGUACGGGAAAGUCAGGGUAAACAAGAGUGUGUGCUGUCAGUACACUGGGAAGGACAGUGCCGGCAUUUCCUGAUCCAGAGCUGUGAUAACAUGUACCGGCUGGAUGGUGAGAGCUUCCGCAGCAUCCCCCUGUUGGUCAACCACCUCCAGAACUCUAAUCAGAACGUCACCAGGAAAUGCGAAAUCAGACUCAAAAGACCCAUACUCAAGGACAAAUGGGUUCUGGAGCAUGAUGAUGUCAUCUUGGGCCAGAGCAUUGGGCGGGGGAACUUUGGUGAGGUGUUUAGCGGUCGGUUGCGCUCUGAUAACACCCCGACGGCUGUUAAGUCUUGCAGAGAAAACCUGCCAACUGAGCAGAAGAAUAAGUUUCUUAUGGAGGCCAGGAUUCUGAAACAGUAUGACCACCCCAACAUUGUGAAGCUGAUCGGUGUGUGUACCCAGAAACAGCCCAUAUACAUCAUCAUGGAACUGGUGCAGGGAGGAGACUUCCUGUCUUUCCUGCGCUCUGAGGGCCACCACCUGAGGGACACCAUGCUCAUCAAGAUGGCCGAGAACGUGGCUGCAGGCAUGGAGUACCUGGCCAGCAAGAAGUGCAUCCACCGUGACCUUGCGGCGCGUAACUGCCUGGUGGGGGAGAAGAGCGUGGUGAAGAUCAGUGACUUCGGCAUGUCUCGUGAGGAAGAGGAUGGGGUGUACUCUGCCGCCGGAGGCAUGAAGCAGAUCCCGGUGAAGUGGACCGCGCCUGAAGCCCUUAACUAUGGGCGUUACACCUCCGAGAGCGACAUGUGGAGUUUCGGAGUGUUGCUAUGGGAGACCUUCAGCCGAGGCAUCUCCCCCUACACCAAUAUGUCCAAUCAGCAAACACGCGAUGAGGUGGAGAAAGGCUUCAGGCUGCCAGCGCCCAGUAAUUGCCCCCCUGAAAUAUUCACUCUGAUGUCACAGUGUUGGCAAUACGACCCCAGAAGACGGCCCUCUUUUACUAAAAUAAGGAUGGAAUUAAGUAACUUGUGCCAUUAACCUCCAUGGGUGUGUUCCAGCACACACACACACACACACUCACACACACACACACACACACACACACACAUACAUUCAUGUAUGUACACGUGUUGGCCUACAAAUACAGUACAUGUGUACACAUACCAAUGCACUUACACAGAUGCGCACAAAUGCAGUCUAUUGACUCGGGGAAACAAACACAUAGUCGCAGACAUGCCUAUUUGAGCAUUACCUCCUAUCUUCUUCGAGGAGAUUAGAAGAAUGAACGGAUGGGUCAUGGGACGAAGAAGGAGACGCCACCGAUCUAUAAUAAUGACCUCCCACAGAUGCAAAAAGGAUGACAACAAACAUCACUCCAUGCGACAGACAGAUGGGUUAAAAAGACAUCAACUGACUUCCCUUUUUGCUCCAUAAUUGCCUUCUUUUUAUUUCUUUUUUUAUUUCUUUUUAACUGCCAGGGGUGUUUUCACAACCUGGGACUCGUCCCUUGACUCACUCACGUAGUGCAAGCCCCAACCUCUCGUUUUCACCUGGACUUGGCAUGCUGCGCUGCCCCCGGGCUCCUGUGCCUGGUCCCCCACGACCUCUGCCAUGCGCCGUGCCUUGAUGAGUGUGCUAGAGUGUCUGUUCUCUCACUACUGUGUGUGUGUGUGUUUGCGUUGCCAUGAUGAGCCAGCGCCCAGUCACACUCACUGGGUUUCACUUAGACAGGUGCCAUGCAGGUGUGCAGACUCCAGACUCCUCAUACCUCUGCUGGAUACGGCUACAGGAGCGGAGGUCAUCUGGGGUCACCUGCGAAAAGGAUCGCAGUCUGAGCCCUGACAUUUAUUAAGCUAUCUUUUCACUCCUGUUUUAAGGCAUGGAUAUGUUUGAAAACAGAAAGUGGGGAUUUUGUUUCUUUUUUUAGCACUUGGGUUCAUCAAUUGCUUUCCAAACACAGUCCGUCAGUGUUCAGUGUCCUAACAGUAACUUCAGUAAGAUUUAAACUGAUACCAGUGCACAACCUGUAUUAAUAUGCACAUAUUUGCCGUAAUGUAGAUUUUGUUUGGGUUUUGGAAGUGCCAUAGCCUGGUGGAUAUUGUUAUUAGAUUUAAUGAUUAAAUUAUAAAAGAUGAAUUCCUUUUCAUGCAAAAUUGUAUAGGAGGUUCUAUAUUGUAUUUGUGUUUGAUGUGUGAUGUGCUUGAUAUGUGAGAUUUUGAAACAGUUAUUUUUAUUUGGAUAAGAUUUUGAUCAGGGCACAUACCUUUUUUUACUUAUCUGAGCUGGGUUGGAGCAUUCCUUUGUGGUUUGUCAUGUUUAGUGUGUGAAUGGUUAGCAUUACAUGUGUGUUUUCUGUGAACAGGAAUGUCGGUUUUUUUGUUUUGUUACUUCUUGUGGAACAUCGUUAUCACACCUGAUCAUCAGUUUCCCAGCAGCUUUUGUUUCUCUUUAAUUGCUUCUCAUGAAACAGACAUCUCAGUGUAGUUCAGGAAAAGAUCAUCCAAACAAUAGCACAUGUACAACUGUUUUGUUUUUUUAUAUUAUAUAUUUUUUUAUAUUGUAAUAUUAACUGAAGUAAAGAAAAUUAGUCUU